AUGAUGACAGAUUUAGUUGCGUCCUGUGUCCUUCCGAAAAUUAAGAGUCAGGAACUACGAAAACCGGUUCCAAACUACACCACUUCGUUAAUAAUCGACACAGUACUCAUGACUCUGAUGACAGUCGGGUUGGUCGUGUUGUUUACCACUGAACCUAAUAUUUCUGAACUUUUCACGACGAAUUUCUAUGUUGUUUAUAUCAUUAUAUCGGUUGUUGCCAUCCUAAUACUUCUACUAAUAUUCCUUGGGGUGAUUCGUUCAAAUUUUUACGGUGUUCGUGUAUUAAUUUGGAUUAUAGUCAUAUUAUGCUAUCGCUAUGAGGAUUUGCUUUCACUUAAUCCAAGAACAAAAACGCGUAUUCUGCGUACUCUCAUUAGUUUUGAUCGCAAUACUCAUACUCACCAUGAUGUUUAUUUGUGUCAAUAUGCGAAGAUGGAUAACGUGGUGGUUCCCGCCUAA